CCAGAUUUCCACUUUGACAAAUAACUCCUUUGCCGAGAAGCGCAGAGUUGUGCUCAGGAGGUUCUGAUCAUUCCCGCAGGUCUACAUAAGAUACGCGGCGAUUUUAUAGGCAGACCUUAGCCCCACCUUUCCCCCCACCGCUCGGCUAUUCCUCUCUUUUGUCAUGGCCAUUGACGUCGGGUUUAAGACCCAGUAUCCGUUCGAGGAACUCGAGGUCACUAAAGGAGAUUUACUCCUUGGAUCCAUCGUCUUUGGCUUUUUCUUUGGAUUUGCAGUCAAUGUCACAUGGUGCGCCAUUCUGGAGACGAGAAGGGCAAGAAGAUUUUCCGCAUACAUCGUCAUGAUUUGGGUAGAAAUUCUUGCGGACCUUGGUUUUUGUAUCGUCUCAUGGGGCUACUUAGCGAAGAUUUUCCCUCCUGGCCUCGGUGUCUUCCUUACGGUCAUCCUCUGUUGGAUCUGUCAAGUUCAGUGCCUGAUGCUGAUUAUCGUCAACCGACUUUGCAUCCUGUACUCGCAGCCAAGGCAGAGACUCAUCCUCAAGGCCUCUGUGGCGACCAUCGUGACCAUGAUAUCCAUAUCCACAGCUUGUAUUUGGAUUCCUGCGCAUCUCCAAAUUAACACUACGUACAUUUCGUUGAACCAUUGGUAUGAUCGAUUCGAGAAAUCAGUGUACCUUCUUUUGGACUUGUUCCUCAAUCUCUUGUUCAUCCACAAAGUGAAGACACGGCUUAUCCAGCACGGCCUAAAGAAGUACGAUAGAGUCAUGCGCUUCAAUCAGUAUAUAAUUAUCAUAUCUAUCGGCAUGGACAUCCUGCUUUUGGGCGUCACCGCUCUCAGGAAUCAAUUCGUAUACUGUCAAUUCCACCCGGUGGUAUACAUUGUCAAGCUACAAAUUGAGAUGUCGAUGUCUCGACUGCUCAUCAAAGUCGCUCGUUCUACCGGUAUCAAUGUUUACAACGAAGAAAGAGGCGAGGUAACGUCAGAAAGCGUUAGUGGGAGCAAGCCUACGGGCGCUGGAGUGUGCGUAUAUUAUUCUUCUCACGGCAAGUAUCUGACUUUGAUCCGUUCAUUGACUUUCAGUGGUAUCCAAAUCACCACUCAAAUCUAUACACAUGCCGAGCAUCCCGAUGAAUACGAAAUGGAACACCGUAAAGUACAGGAGGCAACAUCAACGCAUUCCUCGAAUGGCGAGGUCAUCAAAAUUUCGACAGUUUAGAAGAUAGAUAUACCUUUCACCUUGCUUUCAGCUACGUCUUGCAGUGGAUUUUUUUUGGUUUUGCUAUACCACCGACUGGCCCUUAUGUACCCCAAUAGAGUAUCAGUACCGAAUGUACCGGAUCAUACCAACUUGAAGCAUCUUCCUGUGGUCCAUGUUCCUUGCCGGGACGUCUGUCGGUGAGUUCUAACAGGCGGUGGGACAGGAUCAAGCUCGCGUCGGAUGCUAACCAUUCAAUUUUGAUCGAUUAUUGUCGAG